CAACUGUUUAAAGAAACAAGACAGAAAGUUCUGGAGCUCCAACAGGGUGAAACGCUUACUGAGCACAACAGGAGGAGAAAAGAAUAUUCAGCCGUUAAAGCACCGUUAAGGAUUUCUUUCAACACGGCAAGACUGUUUUCAACUGCAACUGAAGCCACAUGGAUUGAUCUCAUUUUCUUGCUUUCAGUGUGGAAGACUGUUCAGAGGGUUGUUCUCUGCAGGAUUGCUUCAAAAAUACAGGAAAAAGUCUCUUUGUCAUUGGCAAGGCAUUGCAGAAGCAGAAAAAGUGAAGUUGUUGCAGCAGCAGCAGCAGUUUUAGUCUUGACCUGGUGACAGAAGUGCUAAUGAUGUUAGGCAGAGGGGUUCCUGUCCUUCUCCUGUCCCUCUAUCUGACUGUGGGUUCAGUCCAGAGCCAGGGUUCCUCCCAGGAUGCCUUUAUAAUCCAGUACCUGGAGAGGAGACUGUCUCAGAUGGAGGAGCGUCUGAAUCUAUGUGAGCAAAAGACAGUGAGUGUCACCCAGAAGACCUAUGACCUCUCCUCUGAAAUCAGGGGUUAUCUCUCCACUCUCAGUGUUCUGAGAUCAGAGGUGAAGAGCCAGGUGGACAGUGUGGCUGUGCGUGUAGACCGGGUGGAGAGAGAGUUGGAAUAUCUUGAAAACAAGAUUCCCAGCCAGACAGACAUUGAGAUGGAAGAGGCGCUGCUGGAACAACAGCUAAAGGCUGCUGAACUGGACCAGCUGAAAAAGAAAGCCACAAUCAGAGUGGAGCAUGACUGCAACACAGCCCUGAAUCAAAUCAAGUCUCUCAAGAUUGUGAAGAAGACAGGGGACACCUAUGGUUCCUGGUUCAAGGACCCCUCUGAAGGAUCAGCGAAGGUCUACCUGUUCAGUGGAAUUCGUAACGACACCCUGCUGGAGUAUGUUUCUCUGCACAGUUUCACGGAGAGGACCACCACACCACCAGUUAGGGUGGUGCAGCUGCCUUCCUCCUGGCAGGGGACAGGUCAUGUGGUCUACAAUGGAUUCCUCUACUACCACAAGGCAGACACUCCCAACCAGAUACUGAAGGUAGACGUGUUGAAUGGCACAGUGGUGGACAGUACACUGCUACCUGGAGCAGGUCGUCUACCAGUCUACAGUCUGAACCCUAACACCUACCUGGACCUGGCUGUAGAUGAACUCGGCCUCUGGGUCAUCCAUGCAGACCCUGAGUAUGCAGGAAACCUGGUCAUCACCAAACUGGACAAAGUAAGUUUGGCAGUAGAGUAUACCUGGGAUACACAAUGUAGAAGCCGCGAUGCUGAAGGAGCCUUCCUAAUAUGUGGAACUCUCUAUGUGGUCUACAACACACGCUACGGAGGUCGCUCCACCAUUCAGUGUCUCUACGACAUCCAUGACACCAUCCACAGUGGUGAGAGUCCUGUUAUAUUCUUCCCAAAGCGCUACACCAGCCACAGCAGCAUCUACUACCACCCCGGAGACAAACAGCUGUACACCUGGGACGAUGGCUACCAGACAAUAUACAAAGUGGAGACACGCAUAAAUGACCCACUCAUUGAAGAAUGAAGAUAAUCUACAGUCCUCAUCCUUUCAAAACUCGUGUUAUCACUUCAAAAAAUCUAUGCAAAAAACAUCAGACCAUCAAUGAAGGAAACUUACUGAUGAGUAGCUUAAAUUCUACUAUUGUUCAGUAUAGUGAUCCUUUGCUGGCAAUGGAUACUACCUUUGUAACUAUUACUCGUUAGACAUAAAGAUCAUGUCAAAGCAAAGGCAUUUUAUACAUUUUUACAGGCUUUAUACUUUGUAUCACCACAAUAAAGAACA